AUGCACCACCAACCUGUCUUGCAACACCUCAGGGGCGAGGUGCCACCGUCGCUGCAAAUUGCAGUGUACGAACGCAGCUUCCUUGCCAACAGUGGCCUUUGUGCCAAACAGGGCACGAAGAUAAAUCUUCUGACAUGUGGGCAUGGCAACAACGUGCAUGGCGACAGUGUCCAUGAUCACAAGCCCUCGACAAGCCUGAUAGUCUUCUUGUUCAUUGUCUGCAGCACUGUCGGCAUCAUCGCCGGUGUUGUCUGGCCGUCAAGAACAAUGGUGAUGGCUGUCAAGAAGAUAGAGAGUCCUGGCGAAAUAAGGACGGGGACGGAGCUCGACAAACAGUUCGUGCUGGAGGCCACGGUGCUGAGCGGCAUACGGCACAGAAACAUCGUCCAUGCCACUGUUGGCAAGGAGCUGCAUUCGUACGCUGCAAUUUGCAGCGACGGUGGCACCUCGCCUGUGAGGUUGUUGCAGGACAGGUUCAGCACACCGGAGUUCAGGUUGUUGAAGUCCAGAGGCGACGAUGGCCUGGGCGAUGCGAGCGGCGGCGACCUCCCCCGCUUCGAUGGCAGUGGCGGCUACUCCAGCUCGGAGUACAGUAGCGCGGAGGAAGAUUUUGCGGAGCCGGCGUUGUCGAUGGAGCAGAGGCUGCGGAUGGCGCAAAUUUCGGUGGACAACCCUAGCACCGCCCAUCACUGGACUCAUGGCUUCGGUGGUGUUCUUUUGUAUGAUGACAUUUUGGAUGUUAGGUUCUUUUUUGAUGCUUCAGAAAUGUUAGAGCUGAAGCUCUGCAGUUCAGAUGUAACAUACCUGAAUAUGAUUGCAGUGAUGGAAACCCAAGGAUUUAGUGAAUAUGAUCUGCUGUUUCACAUUGAGAAUCCAGAUUUAGGGGAGAAAGGAUUGGAGAUGGUAGAGAGUAAUGCUGAGUUGCAACUAGUAAAGAGGCAGGUUGAGGAGUUGAGCCACCCAUCUAUGCUGUUGAUGAAAGGAGUUGCCUUUGAAAGUCAGAGUAGCAGCUGCAGUUUAGUAGCUCAUGGUACUGGUGUUUGCACACAAGAGAGCAAGAAUGUAAAAGGAAAACUGAAAGCUGUUUUGGAAAUAGAAGAAGAAGAGGGAUAUGAUGGCAGUGGUGGUUCUGAUUGUGAAGGUGAAGAUGACAGUGAUGUAAACCCUUUUUAUAUGGGUGAUGCUGAUGACAUAGAGAUGGAUGAGGGAAAGAAACAGAGAGAGUAUGAUGAAGUAGAAGAGGAAGAAACAGAUGAUGAAGAAUCUGAGGAGGAAGAAAUGGUGCAUUACUCUGGUGACACAGAGGUUGAGGAACCUUUUGAAAUGGAUGAAGAUGACAAGGUUGUUUCACAGGAUGAAGAAACUGUAAUUGUACAUGAAGAGAAGAAGAAGAAGAAACAGAAGCUUCCAGUUAGGAAAGGGCCUACAACAAGGACACAUUCAAGUGUAGUUCAAGAGGAGGAACCUGAUUUCCAACCUUCAUCUGAUGAAGAAGAGAAAGGAUUGUUGAAGGAGGCUGAUGAUGAUGGUUAUGAGCCAUUGGCAUUUGUGCUGCCAAAGAAAAGGAAGAGCAGGGCAAAGCAGAGGCCUCCUAGAAAAUGGUACAAUGAGAAAAUGGAGGCACCACAUGAGCAAUUAUGUCUACAGAUGUGUUUCAAGGAUCAACAUCAAUUCAGAGAGGCUUUGUUGAACUUACACAUCACUCAAGGCAGAAACUUCAAAUAUCAUAGGAACUCAGAUCAAAGAAUAAUUGUAGAAUGCAACCAAAAACAUUGCAACUUCUUUAUGGUGGCAGCAGUUAUAAAAGGUGAAACUACUUUUGUAAUUAAGAAGAUGAGAAUUAAGCACACUUGCCCUAUUAGUACAGAGACAACAAGGGUAAGUGCCAAGUGGCUUGCACAGAAGUAUGAGUCACUGUUCAGAUCUGAUCUAACAACUGGCAUUCAGACUUUGAUUGAUGCCUGCAUGGAGAAGUAUGGUGUGGAUGUGCCCAAGUCAAUGGCAUAUAGGGCAAAGAACCUAGCUAUUGAUGCUGUGCUAGGAGACCACAAGAAGCAAUACCCUAGGUUGAAAGACUAUGCUCAGACAGUGAUGGAUACAAACCCUGGGAGUAGAGUAGUAGUCACUACUGUAACUCCAACACCCACUGAAAAAAUCCCCCAUCCAGGUCCAAGAUUCCAUGCUAUGUUCUAUUGCAUCAAUGGAGCAAGGGAGGGGUUUCUCAAGGGGUGCAGACCAUUCAUUGGUGUUGAUGGGUGCUUCAUUAAGUUAACUACUGGUGCUCAACUACUUGCUGCCACUGGUAGAGAUGGCAACAACAAUAUAUACCCACUAGCAUUUGGUAUUGUUGGGCAAGAGGACACACCUAACUGGUGUUGGUUUCUACACCAACUUAAAAUCUGCCUAGGAGGAGAAGUGGGAAGGUUUGGUCCAUAUACAAUAAUGUCAGAUAGACAAAAGGGCCUACUAAAUGCAGUGAAUGCUGUCUUUCCUAAGUGCAACCAAAGGUUCUGCCUUAGGCAUAUCUAUGCAAACUUCCAAAAUGCUGGGUUUAGGGGGGAAGAUCUGAAAAAGUGUAUGGAUAAUGCUGCCUAUGCAUAUAGUGAACACAAAUUUAACAUUGCAAUGAAUGACCUUAGAGCUGAGUGUGAGCAAGCUUGGGAGUGGCUUUGUCAAAUACCCAAGAAAACAUGGGCAAGGCAUGCAUUUGACACAAACUGCAAGACUGACCUUGUAGUUAACAAUUUAUCUGAGGUGUUCAACAAGUAUGUCCUAGAUGUUAGGAAGAAACCAAUUAGGACAAUGUGUGAUGGAAUAAAGGAUAAGCAGAUGGUGAGGUGGCAUAGGAAUAGGGAGAGUGGAAAGAAAGCUAGAUGGGACAUAACACCCCAUUAUAGUGAGAAGCUAGAGGUUGAGAAGGAGAGGGCCAAAUAUUGCAAACCAAUUCAAGCUGGUGUGGACUUGUGGCAAGUUACAAGUGGGCAGCAAACCCAUGCUGUUAACUUGCAAAUGCACACAUGUGGGUGCAGAAAAUGGGACCUAAGUGGCAUCCCAUGUAACCAUGCCAUCUCAGCAAUAAACAAGGCCAAAAGAAAACCAGAGGAUUAUGUCAGCAAGUUCUUCAAGAAAGAAAUUUAUCUGGCAGCUUAUGAACCAAUGAUCUAUCCAGUUCCUGGUGAGCAUGACUGGACAAGGACCCCUGGUCCAGACAUUGACCCACCUGCAUUUAAAGUGAAGAGAGGAAGAAAGAAAGAGAAGAGGAUCAAGGGGAAAUUUGAAGUUCCAAAGCCUAAGGAGACAUCAAGAAUGGGGACUAUAACAUGUGGCAAUUGUGGACUGCAAGGACAUAGGUACACAAGCUGCAACAAGCAGUUGAAGCCUGAGCUGGCUUUGAGGAAGAACAAACAUGUGGUAAUCCUCUAAUAAGUAGUAACAGGU